UUGCCCAUAUAUUAAUUAAAAUACCGUAAAUGAUCAAAUAAGCGGUCGGCUUAUAAAAUUUUUGAAGGCUUCGGUGCGGCGCUUACUUGAGAGCAGCGCUUAUUCGAGAGCGGCGCUUAUAAAAACAGAUUGCUAUAAUGUUCCUUUUUUAUUUGAAAAGCCUAGCCUAUCCGAUUCUUAUAUAUAGGUGUAAGCUGUAAGAACAAGAAUAGAUAGACCUAGAAUAAUUAAUAAAUACCUAUUAAGGUCAGAACUCUCUAUAGUAGCCUAUGAAUAACCUACACUAUGCAAGUUUUUAUACACACUGCCGAUAUGCGGUGCCCUACUCCACUGGCCUCCCAUCAUGCAAUUCGGUUAAUUUUACAAUUUUGGGCUUGCUGCUUGUUCUUCUAUAUUCCUUGAUCAGAUUAAAAAGCUAUGAAAAACUUUUGACCAGCUGACACACAAAGAGAACAGCACUAAAUUGAAUUUAACAGGGCCCACCAAAGUUUAACAAUGGACAUGGUUCAGCACACAUACAGUGGCUACCACAAGUUUAGCUGACCGACCUUGGAAAGUAAUGAAUCAGGCAGCAAAUUCAUUGACCAAUGCCUACAGUACACCUUAACUUUCUUUAACACUUGCAGCCGAGGAGUGUGGCUUCCAAUACAAUAUGGACGGAGAAAGCCAAUCGGAUCCAGUAACUGUAACGUCAAGAACUAUGAUUGAUUCCAUUAAUUGUCAUUAUGACGCCGUGUGUCUUUUGAACAUCAACAAGACGAGUGGAGUCUGUCAGUGUAAAGAUGGCUUUUCUGGUGAUGGAGUGACAAAUUGUUCAGCAAUGUUUGAAUGCAGCCGAAAACUUCAGCAGAAAAAAAAGCUUGUGAUUGUGACAUAUGACGUACCGGACAACAGACCCCAAAACACUUUCUUUCCCGGGGAUGAACUCCAUUACUCUUGUCCCUUUGGGUAUGCGAUGCGAAGAGCUAACAAGAAAGUGAGAACAUGCAAGCUAAAUGGUAGUACACCGGAAUGGCUGCCAAAGCUCCAUCCUGUCUGCGUGGGUAAUUACAGUAUAUAUAUUUUUAAUUUUUUCCUGAUCAUUUUUAAUGUUAUAAUGCCAC